AUGCAACUGUGGGAUUCUGAUGUUCCGUCACUGCGUUGCCAAUGUGUCCGGUAUUUUGCCAUUGAACAUCAUCGGUAUUUUGCUGUGAAAUCGUUGCUGCCACAGGCUUUGUUGAAAAAAAUUCAAGACCUAAGAGUGGAAAUUGGCAUUUACAUACGUAUUCAUCGUAAAGUUUGCGAAAUUUUACCAGAACAGAUCAUUGUCGCUGACAAUUUAACAAUAGAUUGGCAAAAAACUGCUGAAUGUUGCUAUUCACGUAUAGAGGACAAAAAUGCAUUUGCUUUUGCGGUUGUAAAUGCAUUGAUAAAGGAGAUUCCGUUGGCAUGGGAUCGUCUAAAUAACACAGUUGGGUCAAAACGAUCACUGGGUGGUUGUUCAAUUGUCCGUUCAGCGGCAUUGACAAUGCAACAGGGUUUAACGCUGAAUUUUUCUUCUCUCUCAGCUGCUCAAGAUGGUUUCCCGUUGGUUUAUCAACAUUCUUUUUUUGAGGCAUCAAAAACUCCAGAUACACCGGAAGUCUGUAACAGUAAGUAUUAUGUCAUGUAUUAUUUUUACAAAGCUAUUCUGCAUCGGCACUAUCAUAUGGUUGACUUCAUAACAGUGGAUAUCAAUAAUCCAUGUUAUCAUCGGAUGCAUAAGUAUUUGAUGCAGAACAGUGAAGUUUUCAUCGCCAAUUUGGCACGUGUCCCAAGAAGAUAUCAAGCGAGAACAUUAGUGCUGGUAAAGAAAUUUUUUGCUUGGUGUCUAAAUAAACAGAUUAUUCAGUACCGAAUUUUAAUAGACGAUUUAAGGUUUCAAAAAAAUUGUGAUUUUGUGGAAUCCCUUUACCGGCUUUUGCCGCGCUCAUAUGGCUAG